GAGCACUGUAUUUCAUAACUCCAUUACCCCCGCACAGAAGUCUCCAGGGGGCGAGCACUUUUCCCCUGCACCGCCGUGUCUCCUCCCACCUCAUCAAUAUUCAUGAGCAAAGUUGCCUGCGUGCCGUUACGCUGUGACGACAUGGAAGAACUGCGGGUCCCGAUUGCUGCAGCCGCUUGUCAUUGUGACGAAGAUUGGCACUAAGUUCGUCCAUGUCAGAGUUUCUAUUGUUGUGUCAGUUAUAGAGGUGUUGAAGAUCAGCUCUUUUAGAAUGCCCCAGCGUCGUCCACGGCAACAGUAACUAUGAUGACAUCCCCAUCGGUGUCCAUGGAGGAUUAUCAAGAGGCUGAACAGAUGCAAGUGGGAGAACCCACGGCAGGACAAGUGGAGGAGAGGCUGGAGGAAGAGGAAGAGGAGGAGGAGGAGAGAGACGAAGAAGAAGAGGAAGAAGAAGACAGCGGCUCCGCUCCGUCUGAGCCACAAACUCCUAUGGAGGUCUACAAGUCGGCCAUUUACAGACACCCGCUGUUCCCCCUGUUGGCGCUGCUCUUUGAGAAAUGCGAGCAGUCCACUCAGAGCUCAGAGUGUGUGACCUCGGCCAGUUUCGAUGUGGAUAUCGAGAACUUUGUGCGAAACCAGGAGAAGGAAGGCAAGGCUUUCUUCAGCGAGGACCCUGAUUUGGACAAUCUGAUGGUGAAGGCCAUCCAAGUGUUACGGAUUCACCUGCUGGAGCUGGAGAAGGUCAAUGACCUGUGCAAAGAUUUCUGCAGCCGCUACAUCGCCUGCCUCAAGACCAAGAUGAACAGCGAGACUCUGCUCAGCGGGGAUCCUGGAAGCCCCUAUUCUCCAUCACCGACACAGCCACAGAACCCGUUUACUGGAGCCAUAAGUCCACAAGGUAUCGUAGUGCCAGCGUCUGCUUUACAACAGGGCAAUGUUACUGUCACAGCUGUCAACCCCACACAGAUGGUAACAGGUGGAACAGUAUAUCAGCCUGUUACAGUAGUCACUCCACAGGGGCAGGUGGUCACACAAACUCUGUCACCUGGAACAGUACGAAUCCAGAACUCCCAGCUUCAGCUGCAGCUCAACCAGGAUCUGAGUUUUUUCAGUCAGGAGGACGGCUCGUCUAAAGCCAAGAGAGGCAUCCUCCCAAAACACGCCACCAACGUCAUGCGUUCAUGGCUUUUCCAGCACAUUGGUCACCCUUAUCCAACAGAAGAUGAGAAGAAGCAGAUCGCCCUGCAGACUAACCUCACACUAUUGCAGGUCAACAACUGGUUUAUUAAUGCCCGGCGACGGAUCCUUCAGCCCAUGUUGGAUGCCAGCUCUUCAGACACACCCAAGAGCAAGAAGAAGACGCCCCAAACGCGGCCUUUACAGCGCUUCUGGCCAAACUCACUCGCCUCUUCUGUGUCCCAGCAGCAAGUCACCAUGGAGGACGGCACCACAGUAACCGUGGGUGUGGGUGAAGACGGCCUGCAGACGCUUUCAUCAGAUGGAGCCACUCUGGCCAUGCAGCAGGUCAUGAUGGGAGGCCACAGUGAGGAUGAUGAUGAUGAAGAUGACGAAGAGGACGAGGACACGGAUCCUUCUCACUCCGACAUGAGCAGACUGGGCCUGGAGACCAGCGACUCGCUGUAGUAGGACUGAACCACACUCACACACACACUCUUACACACUCGUUAGCAUAGAGAGACAACAGAGCACCAAGAAGAAGGAGAUGUUCACACAAACACACACCUCGGCUGCACACGUCCUCCAGCUGUCAAACAGCCUGCUUGGAGAACAGAAAAAAGGGCUUAAAGCCACACACACACACCACAAAACGACCCCCACACACACACAAGUCAAGAAAACAAGACACAAGCACAAGUCUCUCUCACGCAAAGCAUUUCUGACACAGAUUAGCCGAGUGCACUUUUUGUAUGAUACUGUAAACUUAAAGAAAGUGUUCAAAGCACAUUUCAAAAGAGCUAAAAGGAAGGAAAUUGAUUUUAAAAAAAACGUUGUUGAUGCUGGAUGAUUGGGUUGUGUUUAUCCUGAUGGUCUGGGAUAUUUCCACAACGAGAUUUCGUCUCUUGCAUGCCUGUGUUUGCUUUAAUCAGGCACCAGGAAAAAGAAGGAACUAUUUUUAUAGUACACUGUCACAAAUGAUCGGUGCCAAUAUGUUUGUUUUCUCCGUUUGUUUGUUUUUUGCUCUGGUUUGCUAUGUUUUGUAAGGAGUAUUUAUGUAUGAAAAAGACUUUUAACCUGCUCACCCUUCUUUUUUUUUGGACGGGUGCAUUUGGAUUGUGGUAACUACUUAGUACAAAGUACACAAUGAUUUGUAUGCUGAAGGCAGAGUUGCUGACGACGCCUUACGUUUUUACAUUUCGAAUGCCACAAUGUGAGACAGUCUCAUAUCUGUGAAAACUUAUUUCCACCACGAAUGAAAAAAAAUGUAACUAAUUAUUUGUUUUCAAAAUUGCUAGGUUUUAUAUAAAUAUAUAUAAUCACAAUUUGGACUUUUCAAAUUCAAAUUCAAAUAUUUCAGAAUUACAAACUUGUCUCAUAAUUUUUAGUUUGAAUUCUUAGCUUGGCUUGGCCAAUCCUGAGUAUAUCUUGCGCAAUUCUGAGUUUAUCUUGCGCAAUUCUGAGUUUAUCUUGCGCAAUUCGGAGUUUAUCUCUUCCGUAAUUCAAAGUUUAUUGCGAUUUUAAGCAUUGUAGCCAUUCUGAGUUCAUCUUGCACAGUUUUGAGCUUAUUACAAUUCUGAGUUUAUCUUGCGCAAUUCUGAGUUAAAUGUAAUGCUGAGCUUAUCUUGCGCAAUUCUGAGUUAAAUGUAAUGCUGAGCUUAUCUUGUGCAAAUUUAGAUUUUACCUCAUUCGCAAAUCUUGUAUGUAUAAAAUGAUCUCUCACCCAUUUCUGAGUUUAUUGUAAUUCUGAGUUUAUCUUGUGCAAUUCUAAAUUUGUCGUAAUUCUGAGCUUAUCUUGCACAAUUCUACGUUUAUUGUAAUUCUGAGUUUCUUGCGUAAAUUUUGGGUUUAUCUCAUGUGCAAGUUUAAGCUUAUCUCUUACCCAAUCCUGAGUUUAUUGUAAUGCUGAGCUUAUCUUGCACAAUUCAAUUCUGAGUUUAUUGUAAUUCUGAGCUUAUCCAGCGCAAUCCUGAGUUUAUUCUAAUUCUGAGCUUCUUGCGCAGUUUUGAUUUAAUUGUAAUUCUGAGCUUAUCUUGCGCAGUUCUGAGUUUAUUGUAAUUCUGAGCUUAUCUUGCGCGAUCCUUAGGUUAUCUUGCACAAUCCUGAGUUUAUUCUAAUUCUGAGUUUAUCUUGCGCAAUCUGGAGUUUAUUGUAAUUCUGAGAUUAUCUUGCGCAAUCCUGAGUUUAUUGUAAUUCUGAGUUUAUCUUGUGCAAUCCUUAGUUUUUUCUUGCGCAAUUUUGAGUUUAUUGUAAUUCUGAGAUUAUCUUGCGCAAUUCUGAGUUUAUUGUAAUUCUGAGCUUAUCUUGCUCAAUCCUUAGUUUAUUGUAAUUCUGAGUUUAUUUUGCGCAGUCCUGAGUUUAUUGUAAUUCUGAGUUUAUCUAGCGUAAUCCGGAGUUUAUUUUAAUUCUGAGUUUAUUUUGCGCAGUCCUGAGUUUAUUGUAAUGCUGAGCUUAUCUUGCGCAAUCUUUAGUUUAUCUUGCACAAUCCUGAGUUUAUUCUAAUUCUGAGUUUAUAUAGCGCAAUACUGAGUUUAUUGUAAUUCUGAGCUUAUCUUGCGCAAAUUCUGAGUUUAUCUAAUGUGCAGUUCUAAAUUUAUCUUUUACGCAAUCCUAAAUUGUAAUUCUGAGCUAAUCUUGCACAAAUUUUGAGUUUGUCUCAUGCACAAUCCAGAGUUAAUUGUAAUUCUUAUCUUGCACAAUCCUGAGUUUAUUGCAAUUGCGAGCUUAUCUUGCGCAACUCUGAGUUUUUUUCAAGCAAUCUGAGUUCUUCACAACUCUUUGUCUCUCUAAAUUUAGAGAGUUUUUUUGCUAUUUUUUUUCUUCUUUAUUCAACACAGUUCUGAACUAAUCUCGUAAUUCUAUGUUUAUUAGUUUUGAAUCCCACGAUUAUACGUUUAUUUAAUGCAAUUAUGAUGUAACCUAAGUUAAUCUAAGUUUGUGUCUCACAGCUCUAAAUUGACUUUUUCUUAAUUUUUUUCACAAUUUUCAUGCGCUUAUCUCACAAUUUAGUUUUUCCUCUUGCGAUUCUGAGUUACUUUUUUUGUUCUACAAUUAUUUAUUCCAAUUUUGAGCUUAUAUAUCGCUGUUUUGACUGUAUAGCAAUUUUGAGUUUUUCUCGCAAUUUAUUUAUUGUCAAUUUGAGUGGAUCUUUCACACGUUUAUUUAUAUCUUGCAAUUCUGAGUUUGCCCCAUGAUGUAAAGAGUUUACGUCUCACAAUUCUCUUUUUUUCAUCUCGGAAUUGUUCGCUUGUAUCUCACAAUUCCUGUAAUUCUCAGAACUGAAAAAGAGAAAUUCUGAAUUGUGAUGGGAAUGUGGUGGAAAUAAGUUUCCAUGCAUAUCUGAUGUGACUUCCUGUGCAAUCGACAUGAAUAUCGUGCCCAAAAAAAAGAUGCAUUUGCAAGGUUGUGAUAAUGUUUAUGAUAUAAAUGCCUGUACUUGUUAUAUGAGAAGGAACUGUUAUUGCUUUUUAAUGAUCAUAUUGCUGAAAACUCCCAACAGAAGCGUAAGAGAGAAGGACAUUGACCAGACUUUGUAUUUAUGUAUAUUUUUUGACUCACGAGGGACUCAUCUUUGAAGUUAAACCUCUUUAGUGCAAACAUUAAUGAUGGAUUUCUUUUUUUAAUCUGCGUUAUCAUGGACAAUUCACAGGAAAACAUGUUUUUCACUAUGAAAUUGUGGAUAAAACAAAAUAUUUCCAAUAUCUAAGGAUUGACUGCAUGUGUUUUCAUUUAUUACUGUAUUUUUAGAUACCGUAUGCUCACAAUCUAUCAGUAUAAACCCCACGAGAUACCAAAAUAAGCUGAUAUAUUUGGAUGAUGCGUCUAUUUUGUCCCGUUUUGGGAUUCUACAGCUGUCACUAACUUAAGCUCAUGUAUCCCCUGUUAUUUAGCGUGUUCAGAAUGUGCUUUAGGCAGUCUGUACUGAGCGGCUUUUCAUUUCCAGCUGUAGUCUUGUGAAUGUGAUGCCAUCAGUCAGAUGACUAGCUAACCCAAAAGGAGAAAGUCUGCUCCGUUAGCUUAGCAUGAGGAGGUUUUCAACGCUGCACUUUUUCUCUCUCUUCGCUUCUAUAAUCGCUUCUCUCACACACACUCACAAACUCACACACAGAUUUGCCUUUCAGACUUUUUGUUUUAUAAUAAAGAACACUGUACCUGAAGGACA